AUGUCCCAUCUGAGCGGCAUCUUUGGAGUCCUGUACACUCUUCGGAAGGAAAAUAAUGAAGCACGCAUUCGUCUUCGCUGGGUGAUCCUUAAGAUCCUUUUGGAUGCCUGGCAGCUCUUCACAACUGUUAUUAUCGCAGAUAGGCAGGGCUGGAGCAUUCACGCGUCCGGACCCUAUGGGGCGUACCUAGCGCUACUGUAUGUCAUGGUAGGGCUCCUUGCUCUUCACAUGGGCCUGUGCGCCUGGGUAGCCUGGUGCUUCCAAGAGCAGAAGUUCCCCGUUGUGUGGCCGCUCAAGGCGCUGCGACUAUCCAGCACUGUGUUCUUCCAGACCUUCGAUGUGGCAGUCUUAAACCUCCUCCAGCUGGGUAUCAGUUGCCGUUAUACUGGCUACGGCAACACCAGAAUGCGCUUCGACCUCUUCCCUGAGUACGGCUGCAGUUCGUCUCCACAUGUUGUGCAUGCGGUCGUAAGCGGCCUGAGCUUAGGACUAUUCAUCGCCAUUGCUUUGCUCACAAACAUGGCUGAGGUGGAGGUUAAUCUUUUAUCCAAACGCCCUCUUGCAUUAGGUCACAGUGGCCCGGCAGUUAUGGCAUUUGCCUUAAAGGUGCUUCUUACCUUAGUGCACGUCUUCAUUGGCUGGAGGCGCGUGCAGGCUUGCCUAUACCUCGGCUUGUCCUUAGCUUUCGCAUGGCAGUUCCUGCGAUGGAACCCGCAUAUGGUUAAUUGGGUCAACUACAUGCGGUCAGGCGUCUCGGCCAUCGUGGUUUGGUGUUCUGCGACGCUGAUGCUGCUUGUGUUCCAUCCAGGUGUCAAGGAGGCGAAGUUGCAGGAAUGGGCCGACAUCAUGACGCUCCUGAUGCGUUUGGGCUUGGCUCCUGCCUUUGCUGUGGGCGCCCUGAUGUCAUGGGGCUUCAUUCGAUAUAUGACAAGCACAACUCUGUCUGAGCUGAAGAAUGCUAAGCCGGGCGCACCCCUUUCAGAGAUCUUCCAAAUCAUUGACGACCCAAAGGAUGUUGAACUCGUCGCAAGGUGCUGCCGCGUAUGGAAGGACCGGUACACUGUGGAUCCCGUGGCUUUGGACCAGGCACGACAAGUGAUUCAGGCUGGCGCAGCGAUGUUCCCAAACAGCGCCUACAUGGUAUUGCUGCAUGCCAAUUUCAUGAUUGCUGUAAUGGGAGUGAGCCAGAGUGGCAGCCGCCGAAUUGAGGAUGCACGGAAACUAAGCCCCGGGCUUAUGAGCCGCUUUAUUAUGUUUGUCCGGCAACAGCAAGCGUCGCAACAAGCCGCCGGCAGCCAAACCGGUGGUGGCACGCGUAUGGACCUCCUCGCGUGCUGCUACGUGGAGUACCAGCGGAAGCAGCGCAUGGUGGUGCGGCUUCACCGUGAGGCGCUGCAGGCUAUAUGCAACUUCUGGAAGAUGUUGGACACGUCAAAGGUUUCUUUCAUGCACCUAAGCAAGGCGUUGGGGAAAGUAGAGAGUUCGGUUACCCAGGCGCAAACGGCUUAUCGCGUCGUGCUGGAUACCUACGGAAACAACCCCAAAUUAGUACGGCUUUAUGGCAAGUUCCUACUGACGAUCAAGAACGAUCCUUGGCGGGCGCGCUCCCUGCAUUUAUUUGCAUGCUGCUACUUUAUGAAUGCCUGUUACCAGUCCGAGUACUUUAACGAGGCCGACCGGCUUGAGGAAAUCCAGAAUGGCGAUUCGGGAGGCGGCCCUCUUCUCCCGGAUGUGAGCUCUGGCUCCGUAGCGUCGCUGACGUUGUGGUGUAUGUGCACAGGUACACCUUUGGGCCGCAUGGAUGAAAUUGCAACCGCUGUUUUGGUCAUCACCGCGAACGGGGAGAUGCAAGUGGCAAACCGGCACGCGCACGUCCUUUUUGGUCACAAAAACGGGCUUAUCCUCACCCCUUCAACGAAUCAGCAGCAAGGCGCCAACAAUAAUGGCGAAGAAGCACUCAGCAGCAACACGGUGGUGGUGGGCAUGCACUCUGACCGGUUUGCGUUCCAUGUGAAGUUGGCCUUGCGGAAGGCUUCAGGUGUGGGGGAUGAUUCAACCUUCAUUGCCAUGAUGGAAGUCGUGCCGUCUGCCAAGGGCGUGGCGAGCCUGUGGGUGGCCAACAACGGGACAAUUGUUGCUUGUGACCCGCACUUUGUCGCGGCGUUUGGGUGGAAGCCUCCUGAAAUGAAUGGUGCGCUCUUAACCACCAUCAUGGCUUUCCCGGGCUCCACCCAGGAAGGAGCUCAGCAGAAGACCGAAGCAGCAGCAGUAGAGUACGCCUCCACAAGCCCGACCGAGGCUGUGAACAGGCUUUUGCAAAUGUCACGGUCAGGCAAGGGCUUACAAUGCGUCAUCUCCCACAAGUACGAUACUUCGCCCGUGGCCUGUGCAGCGAGCAUCGUCGGCACAGGUACCUUGGACCCCUCAGUUCUUGAAAUUAAGAUUCAGCUAAGCUGCGACGGCGGAUCGGCAGGCCAGCCGCAAUUGCUAGUGGUAAACCGCAAGGGUGCCAUCGUGCACGGUUCCAUGGAAAUCCUUGCACGCCUUUCUAGCCUGACAGACAAGAGCGGGGCGGCGCAGCCCUCAGGUGUCCUGCAGGCGCAUCGUAGGGCCAGCCUGGGUCCCCCAUCGCUGAGCGGGUCAGCGGCAGUAGCAGCAGCACCCGCUGCUCUUACACCUGGACUGGUGACGGGCGCGGAGCAACUGGCGGGGUUCAACUUAUGUGACUUCCUGCCAUCCCCAUGGAAGGAAAUGCACUACAAGUACCUCAGGGGGACCACCACCACGACACCUCUCAGCCCAAACCGAUGGACCUGUCGCAACGGCUCCGCAAUGGGCUUCACGACGGAAAUGCGCACUGCUAGUGGCAAGCCCUUCUUCAUGCGUGUCUCCGUUGCGACCGCGGAGGUGGCAGGGGAGCUGCUUCACGUUAUACGCAUGUCCGGGUCAUCGUUGGAGGUAGCUCUCGGUGAGCGCCGUCUCCGGCUGCAAACGUCUCAGGAAGGGGUCAUUACUGCCGUAGAAGAAAGCCCUGCCGCGCAGCUGCUCGGGCUAAGUCCUCGCCAGCUGACUGGCCGAGCACUGUGGGAGAUCAUUGACUGGUCAUCGUAUACAGAGUCCGGAAGCUUGCCAGCCGUGGGAACGCUGAUGUUUGCGGCCUUGGUCAAGAGGGAGCUGUUGGAACCUGGCUUCAGCUGGCGUGUCCAUGUGUCCGCACCUGCAAGGGCUAACGAGAGCAGACAGCCGGUGUCUGAACUCAUGGCGCUCGCACGGGCUUCCAUGCGCAAGGCAGUAGUCAUGCAGUAUGCACGUACCAAACCCGAGCUUUGCGGCCCGAGGAUCUGCAAGCCAAGGGUGUACCUCGUGGGAAAAAAUGCACAAUUACAGGUACAUGUUCAGCUACCUUCGGAGGCGGAGGUGGAUUCGUGUGCUGAGCCUAAGGUCUUUGUUGACCUGUGGCUUGCAAACAGUAUUUUGGGCGUCCUUGAAGUCGACAGUAUCGGCCGUGUGCGCGCGGUAAUGGAGGAGCAAACACGGCCCGCAGGUUUGCUGUUUGGUAUGGCGACCCCAUCGCUGGUUGGCUGCCAGCUGGGCGAGCUGCUGGCGAUGCCGGCAGGAAGAACCAAGCCAGCGGACAUGCUGUUUCUUAACGGUUUGAAGAAGAGCAGCCUCAAGGCGACCACAGUGGAAUCAGGUGUCAAGGUUGGACCUGUGCAUGUCCUGCAAGGUGUGCACUCUGACGGCCUCCCAAACUCUCUGGGCGUCCAAGUCGUCGGCAAACCGGGGCCCAACCAGACCCUCUACGUCGUACUGCGCAGCCAUACAGCACCCACACUCCCUGGAGGGCCGCCGGUGCUGCCGCGGCCGGCUGCCGUCGCCAUGGUUACCAGCGGUGCCACGGUGACGAAUCGCACAGCAUCCAAGACGUCGGCCGUCAUGCUAUGUCCUGCUGGUCCUGAAAUCCCAACCUUUACAGCAAUUCCUGGUCCGAAGGCCACAUCUGAACUUUUGCCACCAGGCGGUGACGAGUUGGGCGUCUUGGGUGAUGGCGUGCCUGUGCCAGCUGUGGCCCCUGUGGCGGCCGCAAACAAGGCGGCCACGCUUUACUCGGGCCGCGAGAAGCUUGCAGACAUGUUGCGGUCAGCGAUGGCUAGCAAGGACGCAAGCAGUACAAAAGCCCUAGGAAGCCGCACAAAUACUGGCAAGCUGCAACCCGCCACGAGCCCGUUGCAAUCAGCCGACAGCAGAGGGACCUUUCUGAAAGAUGAAACAGAAGUAACGGGAGCUGACGUACCAGGCGACACCACGGCCGAGGGUGCCGAGCUGGGCCCAUCCAUUUUGGCGGUUACCGAAUCGGUGAAUGGCGAAGAUGAUGAUAAUCUAAACACGAUGCCCGGAGGAAAGGAGCGCAUUUCGACGUGGAUCGCAAGCCAAGGGGCCUAUUACCAGAACUCUUGCGAUCCCGAUGGCAGCACUAAGGGGCCCAGUACUGGCGAGCGAGUACUGCACAAGGACAUUGACGCAGCGCUAAACGCUAUAGACUUGAAGCCCUUGCUUCAACAAAAGAGCAUGGAUGGCGACCUCACCGACAAACCCACGCGUGACGCUGCGAAAGGUGGCCCUGCCGACGAAUGGGCGCGACGGCCUCACGAUUUAUAUCAGGAUGACGACAAUGCAAGCGAGGGCGGCCAGAGCGCCCUUUCAGCACAGUCAGUUGUACUAGUACCAAGUGUAUGCGAAAUGUACAACUUCGGUUCUUGCCGGUUUCAAAAUGCAUUUAAGCUGGCUUUCCUUGAGACUGGGAACCGCAUGCUAAUAAUAAUUGUGGAUGGCAUGAGGAUAAUGUUGCUUAUGUUGGUUCUGGACGAGGUUAAGGUGGAUCCGAACAGAUCCCAGGUGCUGUCCGCACCCAACAGUACUAGUACCCAGUACUGGGUCCAGCACCGUUAUCGCCUGCACGCGCUGCUGACGGUGGCACUAUUGGCCGCUGUGCACGUGGUCUGCUUUGCGCUGACAAUCCAUUCAAUUAGCACCAAGCGUGACAGCAUGCUGCAGCUGGGGCGCAGCGGCCAGGCGCAGCGCUACAUGCAUCAAAUCAUGACGGACGUCCGGUCUUUGGACAUGAUUUCUAAGAGCAAGACUGACUCAAAUCUGUAUACACCUGAAGAUACGGCGUUCUUCAUAAAGCGGAUAUCAGUGGCUGCCAACGAAAUGCAGGUUCGCUUCAAAGAGAUCAUGGACAGCCACCACUCAUCGUCUAUUCGAGGCUUGCUGUUUUAUACUACACGAAAGGUCUGGGACGGAAAUAUGGCGAAUGGCACGGACAAGUACUCCGACAUUACCAUAUGGCCUGUAUUUUUACUCAAGUUGUCCAUCGGUGCGAUGGUGCACAAUGGGGCGCGGUACACAACUAACGCGCGUGUGGUGCACAAAUUCGGACCCGACCAGGCCCUGAAAAAGGGCCAACAAUCUCGCAUCAAGCCCUGCAUAAAUUACUCUCACCCUAUCGCCAUUAAAGUCGGAAAUGCUUUUGAAAUCACAUCAGCGCAGGCUCGAAACCAGGACUUCAGCACGCGAUUCUAUGCCAUGGCCAAGGAGAUUGAGCAAAACGGCCUGGGUUGGGUCCAAAACCGUGUCAACAUAGCCGACAACACGACGGCCGGACAAUUCUUAAUUAAGAGUGGUCCAGACCUUUGGAAGGCGUCUCGGCAGGUCCUGGACGCUCUGUUGUAUGUUGCUGUUGACGAUGCUCGCUGGGUCGACAACCUUCAGAUCAUAUUCCUAUGUGUCGAAGGCGCGGCCAUUACGUCUCUCGCGGCCUGCUACCUUGCAUACCUUUCGAAGGCCGUGGCAGCACAGCGAUACAAGCUCUAUAGCACAUUCAUACUCAUCCCCUUGGGCCUCACAAGGGCAUUGGCUUCCCAGAACACCAACUUAACCGUCGACGAUGACGAUGAUGAUGACUCGGACGACGGCGAAGAAAAGACAUCGUUGCCAGAGGAUCAAGAUGGUGGUGAAGCCGCAAUUAAGCAGAAACGUCGCGCAAUGCUAUCAGUGUCCGAUACCAGGGCAGAGAAUGGCCGCUUGGGCCUUACCCGUGAAGUCUCAUUUACCAGACGGAAAUCAUUAGAAACGGAAGGAGCGGGUGGUAUCCACAAUCGCAAGAGUAGAAGCUUCAAAGCACGCAGCAGCGGACAGCUUUCAGCCGAUUCCAUCGGAGCCGAGGCGACGCAAGCCGGCGCCUUGGGAAAGAUGGCUUGGCUGCACCGCAUGUUUGCCAGGCGUGGAUCUCAGGUUGCUCCACUACCGGCCGAGGGAACUCUGCAGGCCCGGCGAAAGCUUCUGUACGAUUCACACCAGACUGGGAUGCUGCUUACACCCUUCAUCGUUUGGUCUGCCCUGGUUGUGGCGCUUUACACUAUUGGCGUUGCGAAAAUGAGGGGAAUUGUCGAAGUUCUCGCCGUACACUCGGUGGUAAACUUCAUGGCGGCCCGAACGUACCGCGCGGUAUUCUUCUGCCAGGUCCUGGUAGGCCUUUGCCAGGUAGAUGGGACAUACCCACGGGUUAUUGUGUCGCCGACAGUACAAACUCUAUGCGUGCUAUGCGUGCGCACGCUCGAUGACAUGCGUGCACAGGAGCUGGCUGCUGUCGAUGACUUGGGAUUGCUCGGCCCUCGCCGUGCUGCGGUCAUGGCCGUAUGGAAGGUUAUCCGUGAUGCCUGGUACACCCUUCAGCUAGGGGCGGAGGCCUACAAGUCCACCGGUCCUGACACGGAGCGCUUCCCGCUAGUGAAAGGCGGGCUUUCCUAUUCAUCAUCGAAACUGGAAUACCUGUUUUACAGCAAUGGCCAGUGCCACCGCGCCCUGGAGAAUCAGCCGUGCCCAGGGCCGGAGAGCAGGUUCUACUACAUCACUCACUCGAGUCUGGACACCAUAAUGCAUCGAUUUAUGAUGCAUGUCAAUGCGAUGGGUUCUUCUACGAACACCGUACCGGCAGGACUAGGCGAUGAACACUUGGACUUCGUCUACAAUGUGGGAACCAAGGACCUCAUUGAUGGGAUUUUCAAAAUUCAGGAGGCCCAUUUUGAAACCAUCAUGUCCUUGUUUCAUGACAUCUUCGUCCUGCAUGUCAUCCUCCUCGUCAUGUUUUGGAUCCUUUUCGGCGGGUACCUUGCACUGAUCCUCAAUCCACUCCUGCGGCGGAUUUCCUGCGAGAGUAUGGGGGGUCCUCCAUACCUGUCAUGUGCCAUGGAUGGGCAAAAAGGUGGCAUGAACGACUGGGACCUCGUCAGCACUAUGGUUACUGUACAUGCACUGGGCCAAGCGUUCCAGGCAAUGCGAAUGCUGUCGAUGCUGUCGCCAAGUGGAAGAGCAUCAUACGGUCUCCCCGCCUUCGAGCAGGCAUCAGCAAACACGGCCUUCAGGCUUAUUUGCUUUGCGCACCCUGACCUCAUGCAGCAGCACUGCUCGUUUGGACAUAUGUAUGUCAGUUGA